AUAGGUUGCAGAUGCAGUGUGCUUCAUUCUCCAAACAAAGGUUGAGUGAGUGAAGUCUUUCCCGUCAAGAUCACAUUUCACAAACAAUUUUAGCAGUCAACAAUUUCUAUAACCAAUCAUGGAUCAAGCUGAAUUUCAACGCCUUCUCCAACUUUUCCCUUCUGUUCGUUCUCGUGAUUACACUGAAGAAUCAUCAUCAUCAUCCAGACAAUUAGCACCUGGAUCUGGAUCUCGAUCUGCACAGGAAGAGCUAAACGAAUGGCAUGAUGCAUGGAAUGAAAAUGAUAAGGAUUUUGAGAACCAAGGAACCAGCAAACAUGAUUCAUUUUGGAGCAAGCUGAAGUCAGAGGCUGCUAAAAAGGUUGGUACAGAAGAAGCAGAGAGAUUUUGCAAGGCAUUCCAACAAGUUCAUAAGAGACUGGUCAAUGAAGAGUUGAGUUUAGAUGUUGCUCGAAACUUCGUAAAGGCAUCCUAAUGUUGCAAAUAGUUAGUUACAUGCAUUCUUUUCGACAUUUCCUUGUGAUUCAACAUUCAGCCAUUGUAAUUCAUUUGAAGUGUAUCAAAGUAGUUGGCAAUUUACUUAUUUGUGACAUUUUGAGUAAAGCUGAUAUGGCAGCUGAUGUGAGAAUCCUAGACCAGUGAGUGUAUUAGAAUGGUAGAAAAUGUAUCAUGCAAAUGUGGCAGUUUCUUCUUACUCUUAUUUUUUAAAUAUGUUUAAAUCUGUAUGGUUCCACAACA